AUGGGUAUCACUGCUCAGACCCUAGAUUCACUUGCAUCAUCCACUUCCACAGACAAUUCUACUGUGCAUGCAACUUUAGUUAUAAGUGGAGUGGUUGAUUCAUCACAUCCUUACUAUCUUCAUCCUUUAAAGUAUUCAAGGAUGAAUCUUGUUUCCAUAGUUUUUGAUGGAAGAAGCUACAGUGGAUGGAGAAGAGCUGUAAUAAUUGCUUUAUCUACAAAGAAUAAGUUAGUUCUCAUUGAUAGAACUCUUACUAUUCCACAAGCUGAUUCUAGACUUCAAAAGACCCGGGCUAGGUGUAAUGACAUGGUACAGUCAUGGCUACUCAAUUCUCUUUCUAAGGAGAUAGCUGAGAGUGUGCUUUACUCUCAAAGUGUGAAGGACUUAUGGAGUGAUUUAGAGGACAGAUUAAGACAAACAAAUGGUGCUACGUUAUUUCAGUUAUAA